AUUUGAAAGGAAGAAAAACAGCUUAUGAUAUAUAACUAGUUUUAUGAUUUGAUUAUCUACUUAAUUAUAUAUAAAAUAAGAACAAAAUGAUAUGACGUAUAAUUGGAAGUGCCUCUAAUCGUUUUAGAAUAAUGUGAAAAACGGAUAAAUUAAAUAAAAACGAAAACUAAACAAAAAAAACAAUAGAUGUCGAGAGGUUAAAUUAUAAUAUAUGAGGUAGAUAUGUAUGAAAGUAAAUCGAAAAGAAAGAACGACAAACGGAAACAAAAUCAGUAAUCUCCGAUGGUAGAUUAUGAGAAUGAUAAAAAAAAGGUGGGGAGAUGGACACCUGAAGAGGAUGAGAAGCUUUAAAAAUUGAUUGAAGGUUUUGUAUAAAAAUUAAUGAGUAGAAUAUGGAGAAAAGAGUUGGCGAAUCAUAAGUGACAUGAUGGAAGGUCGUAGUGCUAUAUAAUGUUUACAUCGAUGGACUAAAAUACUUAAACCAGGACUAAAGAAAGGUAGUUUUGAAGUAUUUAUAGUUUAGGACCUUGGUAAGAUGAUGAAGAUGAGAAGCUAUUAGAAUGGGUAAAGAAUAAUGGACCUUGUAAAUGGUCUUUGUGUGCUGAAAAUAUUGCAGGAAGGUCAGGAAAACAGUGUAGAGAACGAUGGUUUAAUAAUCUUAAUCCUAAUGUUAAAAAAGGAGGAUGGACAUCUGGUUUAUAUCUAAUCACUAUUCGUAGAGGAGGAUCAUGAAAUAUUUAAAGGCUAUCUAUAGUAUUCAUCAUCUUGGUCAAAAAUUGCUAAGAACUUAUCAGGUAGAACUGAAAAUUCGGUUAAGAAUAGGUUUUAUUCUACUGUUAGAAAAUUAUUGGCUGAUUAAGAAAAAAAUGGAAUAUCACUUAAAGUAAUUCCAUUUCAUUUAUUAUAUAUUUAGAUGCUUGAAGCCUAAGGGGAAAACGGUACUUCUGCUUUAUAGACUUUUGUUAAAGAACAUCUCUAAAAAUAUGAAUAACAAAUGUAAAUGUAAAUGGAAUAAGAAGAACCUGAUUCAGAUAAAUCAAUGUAAGAAGAAAAAGUUGAAGAAUCUGAUAUUAAAUCUGAAGAUGAAGAUGAUAGCAAAUCUAGAAAGAAAAUGUAAGCAGAAACUUAUUAAGAAUAAAAUUUACUUUAUAGAUUACUUAAAUAAUAGGGAGGACCUAUUAAAAGAACAUCAUGUAUGAAAGAUUAUUCAACUAUCUAUAAAAAAUAUAAAAAAAGGUAUAAUCAAAAAAAGAAAGAUAAAAAAUUGUCAGAUAAAGUUGAGAAUCUCAGAAAAAUGAUUCUUAAAAAAGAUGAUUAUAAAAAUUCAUCAGAAGAAAAAGAAUUAGACUUUUAAUAAAAUCUUGAAUAAUAAUUAGCUAAUUUCUCACAAUAAAAAAUGGAUGCUCAAUCUCAAAAUGGAGAUUCUGAUAAAAUGAAUGAAUUUUAAGAAAAAUUAUUAGCAUUUUUCAAUUAACAAUUAAAUGAAGUCAUGAAAAAAUUUUAUGUAGAAAUGGGAGAUCCAAAAUAAGCCAAAUGGUAAAUGAUUUUAGCUCCAGAUGAUAAUAAAAUUUAAUAAUAACAACAAUAAUAAUAAUAACAAUAAUAAUAAUAAUAAUAAUAAUAAUAAUAAUAAUAAUAAUAAUAAUAAUAAUAAUAAUAAUAAUAAUAACAAUAAUAAUAAUAAUUGCAAGAAAAUAAAAAAAAAACGAAAAGACAAAUUGCUAAGAGUGUCAAAGUCAAAGAAGAAGAAGAUGAGCAAAAUUAAAUGGUUAUGAAUACAUUUCUUUAGAAAUUUAAUCAUCUUGGUUAAAUUGGAAUUACUUAAUUAGGGUAUUAUAUUAAAAUUAUUUUAGAGCAAAUGUAAAUGAAGGUAAAAAUGAAACCGAAAAUCAAAUGGUUCAAGAUGCAAAAAUUGAUUAAAAAAUGAUGUUUUUAAUUAGUUAAUUACAUACAUUAGAAAAUAUGUUAGGUGAUACGAAAAAGGAAUUCAGUAGACUAGAAGCUAGUCUUUAUGAAAAAAUCAACAAUACUUCAUUUCACUCUAAUAAUUCGAGUGAAAAGAACUGAUACUUAAUUAUUGUUAUUUAAAUUCUAUGAUUUAGUGUCA